GGAGCCUGGUAGAGCGGAGGCAGAAGUCUGGCUAAUAUUGAAUUUUGUAAAGGAUAAGAUAUCAUUAAAGAUUUUUAUUGAACUCUUUAUUGCGAGAUGCGUGUUACACGGAAACGGUGGACUAUCUGCACGAUAAGCAUCCUGCUGAUUUUCUAUAAGACAAAAGAAAUAACAAGAAGUGAUGAACAUCAGGAAGCCCAACUCAGAGGUGAGAAUGAGCUGAGUUCAAGACUAAUGGUGAAUAAUUCCGAUAAAAUUCUCGGAAAGACUGUGCCUACAUUUUUCCAGCAUACAGUAGAUGGAUGGAGGGUCAAUUCUUCUCUUGUAAUUAUGAUAAGGAAAGACAUUCUCCGCUUCCUGGAUGCAGAGCGGGACGUCUCCGUCAUCAAGAGCAGCCUAAAGCCGGGUGACAUCAUCCACUAUGUUCUGGAGAGGCGGCGGACGCUCAACAUCUCCCACACCUUGCACAGCCUGCUCCCGGACGUGUCCCCCAUGAAGAACCGGAGGUUCAAAACCUGCGCUGUCGUGGGCAACUCUGGCAUCCUGCUCAACAGCGGCUGCGGAAGGGAAAUCGAUGAUCACGAUUUUGUCAUAAGGUGUAACCUGGCACCGCUGGCGGAGUUCUCUGAGGACGUGGGCCUGCGGUCCGACUUCACCACCAUGAACCCCUCGGUGAUCCAGCGGGCCUACGGCGGGCUGAAGAACGAGACGGAUCGGGAGCGCUUCGUCCGCCGGCUGACAGCGCUCAACGACAGCAUCCUGUGGAUCCCGGCCUUUAUGGUGAAGGGGGGCGAGAAGUACGUGGAGUGCGUCAAUGAGCUGAUCCUGAAGAACCAGCUGAGGGUGAGGACGGCGUACCCCUCGCUGAGGCUCAUCCACGCCGUCAGAGGGUACUGGCUGACGAACAAGGUGAACAUCAAGCGGCCCAGCACGGGAUUGCUGAUGUACACCCUGGCCACCCGUUUCUGCGACGAGAUCCACCUGUACGGGUUCUGGCCUUUCCCCAAGGACCCCAGUGGCAACCCCGUGAAGUACCACUACUACGACAGACUCAAGUACCGCUACUUCUCCAACGCCAGCCCGCACAGGAUGCCGCUGGAGUUCAAAACGCUGAAAAGCCUACACAGCAAAGGCGCGCUGAAACUGACCACCUCUAAGUGCGCGCAGCCAUGACGCGCCCCCCCCACCCCCCAACCCCCACUCUCUCCGUUAGCCGCGCCGCGCCACACCGCGGGACUCGGGGCCCUGACCGCGGGCCCCCACGAAACAUCCCAGCAUUGCAUUUGCGCACAUCGAGGAAGAGGAAGGGAGCAGGGAGGCUGCGUAGAUGGCGGGAGCAGAGCAGGAAGGAGAAUGUCUGAGACGAAAGUAGCCCCGAGUUGCAAACGCAAGCGUGCCUUGUUUCAACCGAUCCGCCGAAAGGUGCAACACAAGGAAUGUGACGAAGAAAAAAGUGAUACCUUAAAAAGACUGGUUUAGCAUCUUGAGAAUGUCUUGCUAUGGGAUAUCAGUAUAUCUACCUUGUAAUCUUGUUAGGAAUGGUGUCAUUAAUUACAGUAGAGGGAAACUGUGCAAGGGAUAUGGCAGCAGUUAUCUAAAGGGAACAGGUGAUAGUCAGUGAUGUUACGUAUUUGGGAAUGUAUUUUGGAUGUUUCAGUUGAAGUAUGGAAGGUCCUAAAUAUUAAUUCCAAAGAUAUUGCUUUCAGUUUCGUUUGACAAUACUUCAAAAAGGAUUGUAUUGUGCAAAUUUGAAUGCUGUACUUUUUUUGGAGAUUAGAGGCCUCAGGGCAGGAAUUAUUUUUCUAUUUGCCAAGAUGGGAGGGUAACUGCCAGUCUUCUGGCACACCAUUUCUGAGAGCAGUCCAACAAUAUAGACCACUUCGCUGGACAAUUCAUCUCUUAGUUUUUAAAACUUGGAUGUAAAACUCUGCUGAAUGUAACACAGCGUAUACCAUUGGACUAAACUGUUUUGUGCAGCUACUGUGAAGUAAAAAAAAAUAUAUAUUAGAGGACUAGAUCAUAACUGUUUUAAAAGGACUUCUCCUUAGUUAUCUUACAGUUACAGUUAUAGCUUACAGUUAUCUGUCUAUGUGAAAGUUCCCAGCAUACACGGAUGGCCAACUCGUUCCUACUUGUGUAGCAUUACCCGUAUGGUCCUACUUUGACAGUGAUGUUCAAGUACCUAUUGGUUAUCUGAGCUAAGCUCAAACACAGUGAUACAAUACGUACAGUUAAAACAUAAUAUAACCAGUACUUUCCUAGUUGAAUGUUGACCCUAAUAAAGACUUCAUUUAUAUGAUGUCAUUUGAUAUUACAACAUGACGCUUGCUCGUAAAGACAGGAGGACGUUCUGCCUUACAUGUUGCACCUUUUUGCUUUUGUGGAAAAUGUCCUCGUCUUUGCAGCGAUUGUAGGCCUAGUUUAUUAAAGAGCAACUUCACAGUUUCCGUUACUCAUUCAAAGUCAGGCAGUAUUAAAAUGUAAAAAAAAAAA